AUGAUGCCCCUGUCGAAAGGAAUGUACUAUUUCGUCGACAACAUCGUUGAAGUGACUGCCGAUAUGAUGAAUGCUGCAUUUCAGUCGGUCGAUAUCCUUGAAUACUAUGGCUUGCCAGAUGGAGAGAACGAAUAUAUACCCAUCGAUCGGCGUGGUCAUGGUGCGAUCGCCUGGUGCUGCAGAACGUGCUAUGCUGGUAUCUUUAUGCUUCGGUUAUACGAUAGGGUUGGCUUGAUUGAGCAUCCCUCCCUGAAGCACUCAGUACUCUCGAGUCACGAACUAUUGCAACGAUUCGGUCAGUUUAGGCGAAUGGUCACCAUACAUAUAGGUCUCAGACGAACACUGCAUUCGAAAGUUUGCUUAACACGAGCUGCGGAAACUGAGGAUUUACUCUUCUGUGCAUCUGAAACUCUACGGUCUACGGAGGUCAAAAGCCUUACCAGGGACAAGACACAAUGCAUCUUUUACUUCAGUGCCUCUAUACCGCUAGGGAAUAUCCUCACGAAUAGCCUAGCACAAGACCAUUUUGACAGACUAACCAAGAGAUGCACAGUGAGCUCAGCCUAUGUUGCCGCCAUCUACGCCACUAAGAUCUUUGAGUCAUCUUUAGCAUCACUCCAGUCAAAUCGUGAAACACAUGGGCAAACCUCCUAUAAAACUACACCCACGAACUUUCCAAUUGUGCAGUGCGAUAGGCUACCUGACAGCAUAACAUUCCGUCGAUACCAAGACGAAGGGACCAUGGAGCGUAAUGCUCUUGAGGAAUCUCGGACUCAACGUCCAGAGCCAUCAAAGCCGAAUAUGGGUAUCCGAGACUGCAGAGACCAUCAGCAUGUGCCGAAAGGUUCCUGGCUGCGGCCAGGGAAGAAAACUCAUUCUUUGAAGAGCUCAUUAUCUGGUUCUGGUUCCAGGGCAGAAAAGUACUAUGAAGUGCGUUUGUUCGAAUCAAACAAAGAUUGCUUCAUUAUUCACAACAAUGAAUCAACUACCGCCGGCUUGGUGGUAGAUGUCUCCGGGAGCACAUCCUGGCGUCAGCUUGAUGAGAGCCGCGAAUCUGGAAACGUCACACUUAAGUUGUCUGUCCUCACGAUCGAGUUCAGCUUACGCGCGUCAGUCUGUAUCCAAUGUCAUGUUGCAGGUAUGAAUGAGCAAGACAGUGUACGAUCUGGCGAGUGA